CCAUUCGCGCUUCCCUCCAUAAAACCCAACCGCGGGGCACUGCCACCACUCGAGCCGCACCACCAGCGCAGACCAAGCCCUCCUCCUCCUCCCCGACGACGACGCCUUCGCUUCCGCCGCCGCCGCGAUGGCGUCCUCGUCCACCGCCACGUCCUCCGCCCAAAUGGGGCUGGGCCUCGGGCUAGGGUUAGGCGCCAUGGGCGGGCUGGGGCUCCUCCUCCCCGCCGACCGCGAGGACUGCGACCCGGAGCCCUGCGCCUCUCCCCCGAGGGCCGCCCUGCGCGUCUGCGGCGCCGUGCAGCACUACGAGUGGGGCACCCGCGGGGAGGCCUCCCUCGUCGCGCGCCUCGCCGGCGAGACGGAAUCGGGCCGCCCCUGCGCCGAGCUCUGGAUGGGCACCCACCCCGCCGCCCCGUCCUCGCUGGCCGACGGCGGCGGCGGUGGGGUUUCGCUGAGGGAGUGGCUGGCUCGCAGCCCCGCGGCGCUCCUUGGCCGCGCCGUGGCCGCGCGCUGGGGCGGCGACCUGCCGUUCCUAUUCAAGGUGCUGUCCGUGGCCAAGCCGCUCUCCAUACAGGCGCACCCGGACAGGGAGCUCGCCAGGGCGCUCCACGCGCUGCGCCCCGCCACGUACCGCGACGCCAACCACAAGCCCGAGAUGGCCGUCGCCGUCACCGAGUUCCGCGCCCUCUGCGGCUUCGUCAGCGUCCAGGAACUCAAAAUUGUUCUGAGGACUGUACCUGAGGUUCGGAUGUUAGUUAAUAAAGAAGAUGCUGUGAAGCUUAUGACUGCCAAAGAGCAUGAUGGAGGUAUUGGAGUAAGGUCACAUCUGCAAUCAGCAUUUACUAAGUUAAUGGGAACAACUAAAGAAGCAGUUUCUGAAGCAAUUUCCAAACUAAAGAUUCGCCUGAAUGGGGAGAGUAAGAUUCGAACCUUAACGGAGAAGGAGCAACUAAUUUUAUCACUGGAACAGCAGUACCCAGGAGAUGUUGGCGUUUUAUCGGCAUUUUUCUUUAAUUAUGUCAAGCUGAGCCCUGGUGAAGCACUUUAUAUAGGAGCUAAUGAACCACAUGCAUAUCUCUCAGGAGAGUGUGUGGAAUGUAUGGCAACCUCAGACAAUGUUAUUCGUGCUGGUCUGACUCCUAAGUACAAAGAUGUCCAAACUCUUUGUUCCAUGCUGACAUACAAUCAGAUGUUCCCAGAAAUUCUACGAGGAGUUCCUGUACAGCCGUAUGUAACACGUUACACGCCCCCUUUUGAUGAGUUUGAAGUUGAUCGCUACUUGCUACCACAUGGCAAGUCGGUUACCACACAAGCAGUGCCCGGCCCAUCGAUCUUUCUCGUCAUGACCGGAGAAGGUGAGAUCGAGGCUGAUGGCAUGGCUGAUGGAGGAAAAGCAAAUGUAGGGGAUGUUUUCUUCGUGCCAGCACGCACCGAGGUCAAGCUCCAGGCUUCUGGUCCCGGUUGCUUGCAGCUGUACAGAGCUGGAGUAAACAGCAGGUUCUUCUGUUGAUAUGGAUAACCCUGCAAAGCGAAAUGGCCAAGGGAGGGUCAGGGGGUGUUGCAAGAACGUCUACUGUUGUAAUACCACAGCAAUGCCGGCUUUACACACAUACCUGAGAACACCGUACCUGUUGUAUGGUUAGUUAGCCAAGGUUAUCAUAGUGUAUAGGCAAAUCGAAAGUUAAGCCCAUUCGUUCAUAUCUUAAUCCUGUUUUUGUAUCCAAAGGCCUUUGGUGUUCAAUAAGCUGGGGUGAUGCAGUCUGUAGUUGAGCUUCAACUAUUUAUAUACAUGGAAAUUGGAAAAGAUGAGGUUACUUUGCAACAAAGAUUGAAGGCUUCUCUU